AUGGCUUCACCACAGUUCCAUGGACGGCCAUGGAGAGGAUUUUUGCCCCUAUAAUAAAGCUUUGAUUACCUUUUUUUGAAUAACCAGAGAAGAAAGAAAAGUGUCCCAACUACGCCAUAAUUAGUGUUCGUUCGGUUGCUUCUUUUGAUUCAAAAUCAUAUUUUUUCUUUGUUUAUGCAAGGGAUUUCAUUACCGAACAAGAAGAAAUAGCAGUUGAUGAUGAGGAGGAAGCAGACGACGACGACGAUGAGAUGAUGACAAUGACGACGAGGGGUCCUCUUUUCCAACCUCGAGAGACCUUUCCUGUUUCGUACUGUAGAAGGAAAACCCUCGAAGUUCAUUGCGAUAAUAGCCAGAUUAAUCGACACUUAGCUGUUCCUAAGAGCGAUAGCUCAAAGUCGCCUGAACUCUGUUUCAAUCGGCUACAGCUCACUGACCAGGAAUGUUACGGAUUGCUGAGGAGAAAUUUUGGCCGAUUUGCUGCCCGUGAAGCUGUACUGGAUGAAGAAUAUUGGACAGCAGCGUGGCUGCGAGCUGAAGCUCAUUGGGAAUCUUUAUUGUAUAUGCGGCACAUUGAUAGUUAUAAAAGGAAGUAUGCUGAACAGGAGUUUUAUGCUUUGAAGCGACGAUGUAGCGGGCAGGAUGGAAAUUCAUUGAAGUGCUUCUGUUUUGUUGCAGUUAAGAAGGAAGAGAAAAAUAUAAGGAGAACUGUCCUAAACAGUGUAGUGGGAACUCUAGAUCUAAGCAUCCGGCAAUUUUUGCACGGAGAAACAUACCCAGGGGAAGUGAAAAGACCAACUACUGUCUUGGCAAGUCAAGAGCCCUUUGAUGCACAUAAGUAUGCUUAUAUUGCAAAUGUCUGUGUUUCAAAGUUUGCUCGGCGUCAAGGAAUUGCGUCAAAUAUGCUGUAUUUGGCCACUGAUGUUGCCACCUUAGCAGGCACGAAAGAACUAUUUGUUCAUGUAAAUGCAGAAAACAACCCUGCACAAGAACUUUACAAGAAAACGGGCUUUAAGGUUGUUGAAGCUGUGUCGUCUCCUCUAUCAAAAGAUCAGAGGUUGCUGAUGUCCGUGGAACUAUAAGUUGUGAUAUGGUGCCAAAUCACUUUUAAUAGCAAGAUUAUAUAUUAGGUUGCACUGUAAAUUAUUAUUAUUGUUGUUGUUGUUGUUGAAGUCAAUAUCUCAUCGGCUAAUUAAGAUGCAAGGACACAAAAAAAAGGUUGUAAAUUUAAUAUUAUCAAUUGUAUAAUUUUCUUCUAUAAAUUUGAAAGAGCAGAUCGUGAAUCAAAAUUUGAAUUUCUUUUGGGAUGUUGUAAAUAAAAAGAGGGCUUUUGAAUGUAGUUGAGGUGGUUUCAAACAAUCUCUUUCUUAAUACUAUUGUUUAUUAUUGUUGUUUGGUA